UGUCUCUUUCUCUAGAACUGGAGGUUGUACAAAUACAACCCGAGCCUGUGCCCAAGAUGGCGUACUCAAAGGGGAUCUUGGUGUUCCCUGCAGAACUUCUCGAGAACAUACUCAUUAUUUCAGCUUCGUGCGGCUGGCCAGCUUCUAUUGCUGCACUCUCUCAAACCUGCAAAUACUUAUACAACCUGGUCUAUCAUGGCCCAGAUAAGCGUCUCUGGCGCGAGAUAUUUCUUUCCACAUUUGACGACCCAAGACCAGCUUUGGAGCAUCUCAGGGCGCUUGAUAUCGCGCUACCAGACUCUGAUGUUGACUCUUUCAACUGGGCGUUACAAUACCAAUCUCGGAUUCAAACCAAAUUGUACCUCAGAAGAUCGACUUCUCUCCCCAUAAACUCAUCGUCACGGUCUGGUUCUGUUAAAGGUCGUCCUUUUACUCGUUCUAUGGCAGCAAAAACUAGUCUGAUUAGCUCCCCGGAACUAAUAUUGGUGCUGAAGACACUCCUUUCUGUUAUCGCCACCUCGAGUCCCUUCCCUUCCUCUCCGACAAUAUCUUUUGUACCCGCCACUCCGUCUCUCGGCUUCAACCUGGCGGAUGCUCCUCCGUUUCCCCCUAUGAUUCUACUACUUUGCUCGCAGCUUCCUUCUGUUGUAGGAUGUCGCAAUACUGAUUGGCUCGAGGAAGUCCUUGCUAGAGGUUUUCCUGCCGAGCUCACGCGUACGCUGUUUGCAACUCUGUUUAUAAAUGUCCACGACACAACAUCGUUCAAGCCCCGUUUAACAUCUGCAUCAUAUUGGCAGGGAUCCGAGGUGGCCUACCUUUUCCACAAACUCGUGUCGUGCACAGGUUUUCUUCCUAUCCUGGGUCCUAGAUCUGAAGAUGGAGACGUAUCUUCUACCUUGUCUGAAUUGCCUUUAGUCAAGAAACAAUAUGUUGACGCACGCUCUCUCGCGCGGAGGAGGGUUUAUGAUAUGCGUUAUCUCAGAGCUGAUCGUUGCUGGGGCCCCUUCCUUCCCGUCGUCCGCAAAGAUAAUAAUAUUUCUUUACCAUUAAUGUCGGGGGCUUCCUAUUCUCUUUUGGGCAGUGAAUCAGAUAGCGAAGACGAGGAAGAAGAGGAUAUUUCGCUCAUCGUCGGUCGCAUCACCGGACAUGAAGGCGAUCGCCCCGUUGAACUCAGCCCUCCGAUCAGACCCGAAGAAUUGCUGCCAGAUUAUGUUUGGCUAGCGUCUGCAAGGAUUGUCCUAGAAGCCAACUUGAGAGAGGUAUCUCGUAGGUCGCCUGACGACGAGGACUUCUCUCUUAGGGAGAUUGUUCCUGCUUUGAGAAGGAUGGAAUGUUUGCGUAUAGGAGGUACUCUGGAAUAUUGGAAUGCUUGGAAUGAAAAGCAGAGUGGAAAUGGUGUAGGACCUAAUAGUAUGGAUAAUGGCAAAGGUAAGGCCAGGGAGUCGGAUGGCGAGGGGUGGGACUGGGCUGGAGUCGCAGGUAUCUGGAAGCGUUGCAUAUGUUGGCUCGACUAUCGUGAAUUGUUGAUCUACAACCUGCCGGUGAGAGCCAAUAGUUUUUUGGGUGAAAACAUCCAAGAAGCUCUCCGAAUUAUCCCCAUGACUGUGAAAGUCGUCGGAUACUCCAAACCCCCGCCUGCACCUUCAUCUUCAUCACCGGGUGGUAACGAGCGGCGAUUGCCCAUCAUACACGUCGAGGGUGAAUCACGGGGGUCAGAUUUGAGUUUGGAAACCAGUCGCUUCAUGAAAGGAACGGUCAGUAUGAUCGGGGAUGGCACAAUAAGGUGGAGUUUAGUCUCUACUAUUGCUGGUACAAUCGAGCCAGAGUGGUCCUCAGAGGCGGUACAGAUUGGAGGCCCAGGUGCUGCUGGAGGAUUGUUGGGCAUGUGGACGGGUGCACAGCAUGAGAGACCGGACCCCUUAGGUCCAUUCUGGGCAUGGAAAGUAGCGUGAUAAACAGACUCUAUCUGAGUCACUGGUAGCACACCAAUGUAAUCCAUGAAAUAGGCGUUGAAAACAGUUGUAACACAUUGAACACGAAGUUUACCCCACUCGUCCUUUAGGAAGCCCUCUGAAACAAGACGCAAAGUAAAAUUGGAGACACCUGAAUCGCUUCCUGCUGGCUGACCCAACAUCCGGGCACACUUGGGGUCACAUACAACACAUGAGUUUCAUGAUUUUUUUGUGAUGCGCGGUAAAGUGUAGAGUGAGGGAUACAACGCGAUAUGUAGAUGAAACCAUGAUAUGAAUGUAGCACGGAAAAGUAAGGAUAUCGAGAGAUAUAAUUUAGUCGAAAAGACCGAAACCCCAUGUCGUCGUCCGAUUCUUCUUUCUCUUCCUCUUUCUUCUCCUCUUCUUUUGGUGCUUCAGCAGCAGCAGCACCGCCGGCGGCAGCAGCGGGUGCGCCAACGGCAGGUGCUCCACCACCUGCACCGACGUUCGACAACAGGUCUUUCACGUCUUUGCCCUCCAGAGCUUUAGCAAGCAGUGAUGCCCAGAUUGGCUCGAUAUCGACGUUUGCGGCAGUGGUCAACGCGAGGAUUUUGUCAGAAGUAAUUUCAAUGCCAUCAUCGGCGAGGAUUAGGGCGGCGUAAGUGGGUGCUUGCUCUGUGGAUGCCAUUACUGUAGACAGCGAAACCAAAGUACGAUGAGGAUGGAAGUACAGAUAGUAUGAGAGUACAACGAAAACGCCAC